AUGAUUAAGUUCAAAAGUCUUAUUGGUUACUAUCAGAAUGCUCGAGGGCUGCGCACUAAAACGAACGUAUUUCUGGCUAACAUAUUGUUAAAUAAUUAUGAUUUUAUUGCAAUCACUGAAACAUGGCUUCUUGACAGUAUUUUAAGCAGUGAAUUAUUUGAUUCUCGUUACAUAAUAUGGAGACGAGAUCGUGAUUAUGCGCGGACAGCGCAGAAACUAGGUGGAGGAGUAUUGUUAGCGGUGCGGAAAGAUCUUAUGGUUGUUGAGCGGUCGGAGUGGAGGAGCUCAGCAGAGGACAUUUGGGUGACAAUCACUUUGAAACGUAGGAACCCUUCUAUAAACUAUAAUAUUCAUUUAUGUACGGUUUAUUUGUGUAAUGAAGGAAGCGGUAAUUCUUAUAAAACACAGGUGUUAAAUUUUUCGAAUAAAUUAGGUGAACUAGUAUUGAGCCACCCCUCGGACGUAUUUCUUGUAACAGGUGAUUUUAAUUUCAAGGAUGACAUCAAUUGGGUUAGGUCUGAGGGGUCUACUGAAUUGUUACCUAUCGAAUACAAAUCUGAUUAUCUGAAAAAUUUUCUUGAUAUUAUUAAUACUUGUAAUCUUAGUCAAUAUAACGCACAAUCAAAUAUUAAUCAAAGAAUACUGGAUCUUAUAUUCUCUAACUCACCUGUGAAUGUUCAAGCGUGUAUGUCACCCUUGGUUCCAGAAGAUGAACAUCAUAAAUCAUUAAUUUUAGAUAUAGAAUUUGUUGAAAUACAUACUCUAGAACAAGAUAAAACCUUAAAAUUUUUAUAUAACCGCGCUGACUUUAAUUCUAUAACAUCAGUUCUCAAUUCGAUAGACUGGCAUUCUUGUUUGUUUAACUGUACUGUAGACGAAGCACUGACUUUACUAUAUGAUAAACUUUAUGAGCUACGUGAUAAGUUUAUUCCGUCCAAACUUGUAUCAAAAUGUUUGUAUCCACCAUGGUAUAGUUCUGCUCUAGUCAAAAUACUAAAGGAAAAGUAUAAAUAUCACAGUAAGUACAAAAUUUAUGGUAACAUUGCGGAUUACUUAUCAUUCUCAACUCUGCGUGAAAGGGCAAUCACAGUAGAAAAGAAGUGCUUUGAGGUAUAUAUAGACAGAAUUGAGGCUUCUAUAGUUCACGAUCCUCGUACCUUUUGGUCGUAUGUUAAAUCCAAAAAAUUGGCCAAUUCUUAUCCCAAUUUUAUGUGCUACAAAACAACUGGUGCUACUGCAGAUUCUGGUUUAGGUAUUUCUAACCUGUUUUCAAGUUAUUUUGAGUCUAAUUUUCUAAAACCUAAUGACACUGUUAAUGUUAAUAAUAGUCCUGUUAGUUGUACUAGUACCGUUAGCAUCUCUACUGUGUCAGUUACACAUGCGAAGGUCGAGAAACUGAUUCGUAAAUUAGAUUUAAGUAAGGGUGGUGGUCCUGAUCUCUUGCCCCCAGUCUUUAUAGUCAACUGUGCGUCUGGCUUGGUAGUACCCUUGACCAUUAUAUUUCAGCGUUCUCUCUCAGAAGGCAUAGUCCCGAAGAUAUGGAAGAGAGCUUAUAUUACACCUGUAUUCAAGAAGGGCGAUAGAUCUAAUGUUGAGAAUUACCGCCCGAUUUCUAAAUUAUGUUUAUUCGCUAAAAUUCUUGAAAAACUUGUUCACAAUGAUCUAUAUGUGGCGCUUAAACCUUCUUUCGGGGUGGAACAACAUGGUUUUCUCAGAAGCAGAUCAACCGUCUCGAACCUAAUAAUAGCUAAUGAUUUUAUUACUGAGGGAAUGGACAGUGGUGGUCAAGUUGAAGUGAUAUACACGGACUAUACUAAAUGUUUUGAUAGAAUUGAUCACAGUGUUCUCUUAUGCAAAUUAUUGGCUGCAGGUAUCCACGGUGACCUGUUCAGAUGGUUCGCAUCCUACAUAGAUAAUCGCUGUCAGGCUGUUGUACUGCAAGGAUUCUUGUCUAAUUGGGUCUCCAUUCCUUCAGGAGUUCCUCAGGGAUCGAUCUUGGGCCCUUUAAUGUUUAUUCUGUUCACAUUGGAUGUGGGUGAUUGUUUCCUUAAUUCUAAAAUAUUACUGUUUGCCGAUGAUAUGAAAAUCUUUAAGUUUGUGCAUAACACGGAUGACAUUAACCUACUGCAAGCCGAUUUGAAUAGGUUUGAGCAUUAUUGUGUCCUAAACAAGUUGGAACUCAAUGUGUCUAAAUGUCAUCACAUUAGUUUUAGCCGUAAACCUAGUCCAUUGAUAGUUAAUCUCAACUUCUAUAAUCAGUCAAUUUCUAGACUGGUAGAAGUUAAGGAUCUUGGGGUCAUCCAUGACAAUAAAUUGCUAUUUGAUAGACACAUUGAUAGUGUAGUUUCCAAAGCCUCUAAAUCCUUGGGUUUUAUCAUUAGAACAUCAGCUGUCUUCAAACAUUUAAAAACUAUUAAAAUAUUAUAUUGUUCUUUUGUGCGUAGUCACCUAGAGUACGCCUCACAAGUCUGGAAUCCUCAAUACCAGGAAUAUAAGGCUCGUCUCGAAAAUAUCCAGCGACGCUUCCUUCGUUUUCUCGACUUUAAGGCCCACCAGCAUUCUGAUGGUUACCAUCACCGUUGUCAACGCUACCAUUUUUUGCCCCUUGAAAAUCGAAGGAAUAUUUCCGAUGUCUGCUAUUUAUUACAGAUUGUUAGGGGAUUCGUUGAUUGUCCGGAGAUGUUAGCAAAGCUCAACUUGCGAACUGACUUAUUAUGGUUCAGACAUCGCCCUCUUUUCAAAAUGCCUCCAUUUAAUACCAACUAUAGGAAAAAUACAUUCUUGAUUCGAAGUGUACAGACCUACAACCAGUAUUCAACCCAGCUUGACAUCGAUCUAUUCUUUUCUUCCAUUGACUCUGUGAGACGCACACUCACAUCCAGCUAUUUCCAUUAG